ACACAAAUUCUCUCCCCCCCCCCCUCCCAAAGCAAUUCCCAUCCCACUUCCUCAAACCGCCCAGACCCGCAGAUGACACCAUCCAAACCGAAUGACAUGAACAUAUCGUACUUCGCCCUAAUAACUUUUGUUUCCAUGCCAUGACGCUGAAGGCAACAGCUUUGUGGGCGGCAGCUGGUUUUGUGAGCUGGCGCAAUGGAUGUAAUCCAUAGAAAAAAUCCCAGGAGAUGGGCUUUAAUGGUCUUUGCUCUCUUCGGAAUCUAUGUUUUCGUAAAGCUGCUCCCGAAGCCAGAAUGGAUUUGUAAUGAUUCCCAAAUUGCUGACCAUUCUCCUGUGGUGAACUUUGCACUAGAACCUUACCUACAGAGACUUUUUUUCGAACAAACAAGCACGGCCAAACCUGUGGAAAACUAUUACAUCGACACCGACAGCAAUUAUGUCAUCUCCAUGUUUCCCUUGUACAAAGGCCUGAAGCAUGUACCUGUUCCUGAACGUGAGGAGACGCAUAAUGAUGUAAAAGAUGACCCGGAAGUCCACGUUCACGUUUUUUUUCUACGUAAUUUGAAUUUUACCAACUUCGGUCGCACGUGGUCAAACGAGGUGCCACAUUUCACAAAACCUCCGAACGAUGACGAUCAGGGUUCUCCUCGGGCCAAACGCUCCUACAGACCUCGUCCAAGGAAAAGUCCACGUUCAAGAAUUGGAGAUUCAAAUUUGUUGAAUUUUCCUAAGUCUGGGGACACAGGCGCUAACUCGGGGAAUGAUCCAAAGUUUAGAAGCAAAGGUGCUUACUCGGGGAAUGAUCCAAAGUUUAGAAGCAAAGGUGCUAACUCGGGGAAUGAUCCAAAGUUUAGAAGCAAAGGUGCUAACUCAGUGAAGGAUCCAGAGUUUGGUAAAGACACUGAUUCUGUGAAUGGUCCAAAGUUUAGAGGCAGAGGCACAAACCUGGGGAAUGACAGACCGUCUGCUUACAAUGGCGUUAACACACAGAAUGGCAGGAAUCGUAACCGGGAUAUACCACAAGUUCAGAAACAGAGAGAGGAUCUGCCUGACUGCGUGCCUCUGAGAGUCCCGCCGGACACCCCUCCCACCAGGAUCUGUGUGCACUCCCCGCGCGUGGACAACAUGAUCUCCAACGGUAUCAGAGACACGGGCGAGUGGGAGGGAGAGCACGUGGCCAACAUGAGAGAGUUCUUCCAGAAACACCCUCACUCCCAGCUGGUGGACCUGGGCUGUAACGUGGGCGUGUUCUCCAUGUCUGCGGCUAGUCUCGGCCUCCCGGUGUUGGCGGUGGACAUCCUGCCGGCGAACCUGGCUCUCCUGCGUCUAUCUAUGGCUUUCAAUGACGCCACAGGGGACGGUUACGAUCUCGAGAAUAGGAGCCUUCUGGACUACAUCCGAGAACACCCGGAAAGAGAAGAACACAAAGGGAACGAAAGCUUAUUGGCCAACAGUUCGGGAGUGUACAGAGACAGCAGUUCAGGGGUUUACAGAGACCGGCAGACAGAUCAUAAUAUUACAGCUAAACCGAGGGACAGUGCGAGGAUCUUCAAUGAGAACAGGCGGCCGAAAUAUUCGGAGCUGAUCACAACUCUCCACAAUGCUGUCUACAACAGACGAAGAAAGAUGGUCGUUUAUUUUCCGGAUCACCUUAAUUUGGGAGGAACAGAGGUUCAUGAGUUGACUCCAGUACCACCAAAGCCGUCGAAACAGUCUGGUCAGAAUGCAAUUCUGCGUAAGAUUAGAUCUGUGACUGAAGAUGUUGCCCUCUCUCCAUCCCUUAGUGGUGCUGGAAGACAUAAAAGAACCGUGGACAGAGGCGGGAGAGGGGGUUUCAAACAGUCACAAAAGGAAAAACUCUCAGGAAAACACCUACGUCCAGAUAGAUACAACAAAAAAGCUGGUUCUCUAAAGAUUUCUUCAUCAUGGUUAAAGCUUAAAGACACACAGUCUGCUGUCGUAAAGGCAAACCCUUCUCCUCAUGCAGACGUUGUGUCCGGUUCCAACAUUGAGGAGAAAGUCAAGGUUCGAACUGAUGCAGCCACACGAGAGAAAAAUUCCCGAACAGGAUUUGUAGUGGACGCAGUUUGUUUGGACGAUCUAAUUCCUUACCUCCGGCAUGGGAGAGCAGUCUUUCUCAAAAUGGACGUAGAGGGAUCGGAGUCUAAGAUCUUACGUUGUGCGUCUAGGUUCUUCAUGGAGGUGGACGUUCGAGUGAUCCUCAUGGAGAUGAUCUUCCAUAAGCACACACCGGAGGGCAAGCAGAUGGUUCUGUAUCUUCAACAACACUACAUGCUGCCCUCGGCGGAUGUGUCAGGGAAAAAUCUAUUGGACCCUGACCAUUUGCUUUACUGGCCUCCAAAUGUUUACUGGCUCAAAACUAGAUGACCCUGACUGUGGGAUACAUGUAUUAUGUUCUCUUACAAAAAAAACAACAACAAAAAACCCACAAACAAACAGAUGAUGCAUUGGAUGCUUACGCUUAUCGAAAAGUGUGUUUGGAGCAGAUAUCUCAGAUUUGUUUAGCCGGUGGUAUAUAUCACAAUGUUCAUGACGAUAUCUUUUAAACGGCCUCUGAAUGAUCACUGGAUCCAAGCUAGUUGACCCUGACUGUGUUGUACUAUUAUUUCUGUUUUGUUUUAAGAAAACAUAUGAGGUAUUGGGUGAUUACAUUUAUCGAAAAGUGUGUUUGGAGGAGCAGAUAUCCUCAGACUUGUUUAGCCAAGGGUAACAUGUUUUAAUACAUAUAUUAAAGUGUUCAUGGCGAUA